AUGUCGCAGUAUGGUCAGGCUUUCCAGGCCCAGUCGUAUCCGCAUGCUGCUCAGCGCAACUCGACGCCUCAGUCUGGAUACGCCCAGAUGCAACAGCAUCAGCAACAGCAACAACAGGCUAUGCCACCCAUGGCGGGUGCAUAUCAGCAGCCGUACAAGGGCACCCUCGCUCCCGGCACUCGAGUCAAGGUUGGCAACAUCACCGUCACCGUCAAGCGAUACCUCUCCGAAGGCGGCUUCGCACAUGUCUACCUGGUCACCACCUCCCAGCCUAUCCCCAUGCCUUCCUCCGUGACCGGUGCCGUCAGCGCAUCCAUGGCGGGCAGCGCAACCGCUGAGCGAGGCGAAACGGUUCACGUGCUCAAGAGGAUGGCGGUGCCGGACAAGGCUGCUCUCGCCGAUGUGAGAAGGGAGGUAGAGGUACACAAGCUGCUUCGCAAUCAGGCCAACAUUGUCCACUUCAUCGAGGCUUCUGCUACUUCCCUCCAAGGAGGCGGAUACGAAAUCUUCAUCCUCAUGGAAUACUGCUCUGGCGGAGGCAUCAUCAGCCUCAUGAAUGCUCGCUUGCGCGAUCGUCUACGAGAGGAAGAGGUGCUCAAGAUCUUUGGCGACGUCUGCGCAGGUGUCGCUGUAAUGCAUCACCUCGAUCCACCUCUCAUGCAUCGCGAUCUCAAGGUCGAAAACAUCCUCAUGGCUCCCUCCACCGAUCCAGGCACUAUCCCAGGCUCGCGUUCCACCUCGUCCAAUCUCAAAGCCACCUUCAAGCUCUGCGACUUUGGCUCGGCCGCCCCCGUACUUUCACGCAAACCAGCAAAGAGCAUGGAUGAGGUCAAGCGCGUCGAGGCCGACCUCAACAAGCACACCACGUUGCAGUAUCGAGCUCCCGAAAUGGUCGACGUCUACCAGCGCCGUGUCAUCGACGAAAAGGCCGACAUUUGGGCGCUCGGCGUGCUUCUCUACAAGCUUUGCUACUACACCACUCCCUUUGAGGAGAACGGUGGUGGUCCCUUGGCUAUUCUCAAUGUCCAGUAUCGCAUCCCACCUCAACCGGUAUACUCUGACCGAAUCAAGCAGCUCAUCAACUCGAUGCUCAAGGAGCAAAGUACCGAUCGUCCGACUGUCGAUCAGGUCAUCAUCAAUGUUCAUCAGAUCCUCGGCACUCGACCCCCACAAACAGCCCUUCACUACGCUUCUGCCGCUGCUAGCGGUAAAAUUGCGGCUCCCUUACCCACGCUCGUCAGUGGCGCGGCCAAGACUUCCAGUUCCGACGUCCCUUCUCUACCCAGCAGAUCCAGACCGACCGGAGGCAUCGAUGCCAACCUCAUCUCCAUGGGUCCGACCAAGAAGGAGCUCGAACAGGCAGAGGCCAAGCAGCUCGAAUUGCAGGCACAAAGCAUCACACCCAUGCGACGAGGCCGUCCGACAAAGGCACCUGCAGAGGGCAACGAUCCUCCCGCCAAGAAGCUUGACGACGACUUGACUAAGAGCAGCUCCCCCGCGCCAUCAACAUCAGCAGCAACGGCCAAGAACGCGCCGUCAUGGACUGUGCCAGAGUCGAAGCGGCCAUCAGUCAAGACGGGUCCCCUGAUCGAAGGCUUUGGAGAUUCCUUUGCACCCGCAGCACCCGCAAGCGCGACUUCAGAAAGCUCACCAGCUCUGCCGAAACGGCCGAGUCCCUCUUUCGGGUCUCCCGAAGCAAGCGGCGACUCCGCCAGUACUUCGGAUCGACCACUCGACAGAAAUUUGCUUCGUGCUUCUUCCUCGAACGCACCUUCACCUGUAUUGACACCGCUGAGACACAGCCCUGCACUGCCCGGAUUCAGCGCGGUUCCCAGUCCGACUGCGUCUCCUCUCGCUCCAUCUGCCAAGGACCAACCUCGUCCUCCAUCGGCUCAGAAGAGCGGGACACCACGGGACGAGCUUGCCGACCGCUUUCCGAGCCUCGAAGACCUCGAUGCGAAGUAUGCCAUUCCGGUUACAAGCACGCCACCCGCUCCCAGCCCACUAAGCUCGAAUGCUACAGCGUCAGCAUCCUCAAGCUUGCCAUCAGGUGGACCGACAGCCGACAAGGGUCAUGUGAACGUGCCCGGCCUUUCCAACCGCGCAAGCGUUGGUGCCAUGGCUGGCAGAUUCGAAAGACCCUUUGAGCCUCAAAAGCUUGGUUCGGGCAGGACACCACUCCACAAAUCUGCCACUGUCUCUGGCUUUUCGACCAGCGACAACCGUCCCAGCGCUCGAUCUGGCAGCGUUUCGAAUCGCUGGCAGACUUCCGUCAUCGCCCACGAUCGCGCCGACAAGGGGCAGCAACAGCCAUCUUUGGAUACAGCAUCGCUCAAAAAGGCAGCUCCAUCCAAAGACUGGCUCACCGGUGAUGCAUCUGAUCAGGAAGAUGACAAGCCCGCCGAAGAUGCUGCCAAAGAGAAAGAGGCAAAGAUCUACGCUACUCAGCCACAGGCUCCGAGCAGCGAUCCAUCUGCUACCAGGUCUGAUGCCGCAGGCCGGGAGAUCGAAGCGGACGAAGAGUCCUCGGACGAAGACGAGCCCGCUCAGCCGGAAGAAGCGGUCGCCCAACGGCCGACGCUACCACCGCGCCUUUCCGCUGAUCGAAUGUCGACUUUCCUCUCUCGACCGGCUGCCUCGCAAUCGCAGCCCGUGGAAGACGGCGUCAACGGGAAAGCGGCCAAACCAGAACGUCCACGUAUCGUGCCAGGCCGAGUGAAAGCGCCUUCCUGGCUUGUCGACGCCGUCGAUUCGCCCACUGCUGCCGAACAACUCAUUUCGAGUUCAUCCGCGUUGAGUCCGGGCGGGAUGGGAUCGGAUCCAUUGAAAGUGACGGCAGCAGACUCGCUAGUUUCGCCCGUCACGGACGCCACGGCAGCAGAACAGCUGGAUGAAGCUGCAAGACAGGCUCAGGAUCAGCUCGAGGCGCUGUUGCGCGGUCCCGAGGAGGAUUCGAUGUCCACGCAAAAGCACGAGGAGCAGGAGGAGGAGAGUCCGACCAUGCCAUCGACGGCGAAAGUUAAAGCGCCGGCGUGGGACGAUGAAGAUGAGGAGGGGGACAGGGAGAUGAAUGCUCUGCCCAAGCCGGAGUUGCAAGCCGGGGUGGUGAAUGGCGGUGGGAAAGUCUCUCCGCCUUCCGUCGCGACGGCCGGGAAGCUGUCCGAGGAGCAGACUCUGCCCAAGCCCUCUUCCACAUCUUCCAACAUCGCCUCGAGGUGGAGCGCGGCGAGUCAAGCACAGUCGCAAGCAUCGCAGCGAAAAGACGUGCAGCUCGUGGAUGUGGCUAGCUCGCCGACUCCUGCAUCCGUCAGCGUCGACUCUGUCAAAGAUCGGUUCAAUCAUCUAUCUCUCAAUCGCAAACCUGACGAUAGCUCAUCCGACGCUACACCACCACCGCACAUCGCUGUCAAAGCUUCUACCGUCUCGCAGCGAUCCAACGCAGAACCGAUGGUCAUCCAACCCAAACGACCCACACCCAUCCGACCGCAGAAGAAGGAUCACCUGCGGUCCACCUCCAUCUCCACCCUCAAGCCGUGGGAGCGGGAAGCCGCGCAGUCCGCCGACGCUGCUAGCGGUGGGAUUGUCAAGAACUCCGCACUUCCCGCCGCGUCCACCGCGCGUCUUCAGUCCAACGAUACGCCCGACGCCGAGGUCGACGCGGAGAGGUUCAAGGGCGUCUCGAGCUUGAUCUCGAGAUGGCAGGCUAGUGUCGAGAGUAAUGCGCCCGGGUGGGGGAAGAUCGGGAGUGAGGAGGAUGAUAGAGCCGGGUUGGGCAAGGGUUUGGGUCCUAAAGUCGCCAAUCAGGCGGCUGGGUGGGUAAGAGAUCGGUCAGAGGCGAAUGGUCCUAAAUAG